AUGCCAACUUGUAAAACCUGUCACAAUACCAACUUUGUCAGAGAUAUAUCAAAUGCAAAUAACGAUUUAGUUUGUACACAAUGUGGUGUGGUUUGUGAAGACAACCCAAUAGUGUCAGAAGUCACAUUUGGUGAAAGUAGUUCUGGUGCAGCAGUAGUACAUGGCAGUUUUUUAAGUGCCGAUCAAAGCCAUGGAGGUGGUAUCUUAGAAAGUAGAGAACAAACUUUAAAUAAUGCAAGGAGAAAAUUAAGAGCAGUUUCGUUUGCCUUGAAAAUCCCAGAAUAUAUAACAGAUGCUGCGUUCCAGUGGUAUAAAUUAUGCCUAACAAAUAAUUUUGUACAAGGUAGAAAAUCUCAAAACGUGAUCAGUGCGUGUCUCUAUGUUGCUUGUAGAAAAGAGAAAACGCAUCACAUGCUAAUUGAUUUCAGUUCUCGAUUGCAAGUUUCUGUUUACUCUAUUGGUGCCACUUUUUUGAAAAUGUGCAAACAACUACAUAUUACAGACUUACCAUUAGCUGAUCCAAGUUUGUACAUCCAACAUUUUGCUGAAAAGUUGGAUUUAAGAGAGAAAAAAAACAAGGUCAUUAGAGAUGCUGUGCAGCUGGCCUCAAGAAUGAGCAAAGAUUGGAUGUACGAAGGUAGAAGACCAGCUGGUAUUGCAGGCGCUUGUUUAUUGUUGGCCUGUAGAAUGAAUAACCUGAGAAGGACACAUUCAGAAAUAGUUGCUGUAAGCCAUGUUGGGGAAGAUACGUUACAAACAAGAUUGAAUGAAUUCAAACAAUUGAAAUCGGCUUCUUUAUCGGUCAAGGACUUUAGAGAUGAAAACGAAAAUUCAGAUUUACUACAAGAUAAGGGAGAACUACCUCCGAGUCUAAAGAAAAAUAGAGUGAAGGCCGCUGAGUUCAAAAAAAAGUUGAGGGAGAAAAAAAUUAUAGAAACUGAUGCUAAACUUUUAAAAAAAGAUCCUAUUUUAUCACAAGUUCUAACUGAACAAGAAUUGAGUAGUAAAGAAAUACUAUACUAUUUAGAUAAAUUGUCCAAACAGAAAAAGGAAAUAAUCGAGAGAUUAAAGCAGAAGCAUGGGAUAGAUGGCAAUGAAGAAACAAAAAAAGGGGAAGGUGCUGGGGAACUCACAGAUUUGCAUGGGGAAAUAUUAGACGAUGAAAAUGAAAACGACAUAAAGAAUAAAGAAGAUCCUCUAAGACCCAAAAAUCUCCAUUUGUUACCAACUACCGAUGCUUUAUUAACAAAAGUGUCUGAUGAACCAAUAGAUUUACAAGAUGUUGAUGAUGACGAGUUAGAUGAACUUCUCUUGGAUGAGCAGGCCUCCAAAUUGAAGGAACGGAUAUGGCUAGGCCUCAAUGGAGACUACUUGUUAGAACAGGAAAGUAAACGGUUGAAACAGGAGGCUGAUUUAUUGAGUGGUAAUAUAACCAACAGCAAAGUAAGAAAGAGAAACGGUGGACGUAAGAAGCAAAAGUCAACUGUUACUGCAAUUAAAGAACUAACUACUGGGUUAAACCAAAGUGGGUUACAACAAUUAUUAAGUGGUGGGAAAAUUACUGCAAGUGGUGAGAUUGUUGAGAAUGUUGACGUUACAAUUGGUGACAAUAUUAAAAAUGAGAAGAAUACUGCAGCGGAAAGUGUUAAAACUAUGUUGCAAGGAAAUUCAACAUUUUCCAAAAAAAUUAAUUAUGAUGCUAUCGAUGGGUUAUUUGGCAAUUAG